GAAGCCUGGCCACUUGGAUGGUCUGCAUUCCCACGACCUGGAGCUGUUAACUGCCAGCACCAGCACUCCCUGGAGGCCAGCUGCACCCAGACACCAGGCUGAGACCAGGAGUGACUCGACCCUAGUCACCCUCCGCCACCUGUCCCAGUCCUUGACCUCCCGGGUCCCCUGGAAGUCAGCAGGAUUCGAACGAGGUCUGCUGGUCCCGGAACCGCUACAUCCAGCCCAGCUUUGUCUGGGUUACUGGGCCCACGCCAUGCCCAGGCAGGUGGAAGUGCGCGUGCACGACAGCCACCUCGGCUCGGAGGAGCCCCAGCCCCGGAACCUGUGUCUGCGCGUGUGCGGCGGCCUGGGGAAGAACCUGCUGCUCACCCUCACCGUGACCGGUGUCAUCCUGGGGGCGGUGUGCGGGGGCCUGCUCCGCCUGGUGUCCCCCAUCCACCCCGAUGUGGUCCUGCUCAUCGCCUUCCCGGGGGACAUCCUCAUGCGGAUGCUGAAGAUGCUCAUCCUACCUCUCAUCGUCUCCAGCCUGAUCACAGGGCUGUCAGGCCUGGACGCGAAGGCCAGCGGCCGCCUGGGCACGCGCGCCAUGGUGUACUACAUGUCCACCACCAUCAUCGCAGCUGUCCUGGGCGUCAUCCUGGUCCUGGCCAUCCACCCGGGCAACCCCAAGCUCAAGAAGCAGCUGGGGCCGGGACAGAAGAAUGACGAAGUGUCUAGCCUGGACGCCUUCCUGGACCUCAUCCGAAACCUCUUCCCUGAAAACCUCGUCCAAGCCUGUUUCCAGCAGAUUCAAACGGUGACCAAGAAAGUCCUGGUGGCAGCUCACGCGGACGAGGAGGCCAACGCGACCAGCGCUGCCAUGGCCCUCCUGAACGAGACGGUGGCCGAGGCCCCCGAGGAGGCGAGGAUGACGAUCAAGAAGGGGCUGGAGUUCAAGGACGGGAUGAACGUCCUGGGCCUGAUCGGGUUCUUCAUCGCCUUCGGCAUUGCCAUGGGGAAGAUGGGCGAGCAGGCCAGGCUGAUGGUGGAGUUCUUCAGUAUCCUGAACGAGAUCGUCAUGAAGCUCGUCAUCAUGAUCAUGUGGUACUCCCCGCUGGGCAUCGCCUGCCUCAUCUGCGGCAAGAUCAUCGCCAUCAGGGACCUGGAGGUGGUGGCGAGGCAGCUGGGCAUGUACAUGGUGACAGUGGUCGUGGGCCUCGUCAUCCACGGUGGCAUCUUCCUCCCCCUCAUCUACUUCCUGGUGACCCGGAGGAACCCCUUCUCCUUCUUCGCCGGCAUUUUCCAAGCCUGGAUCACUGCCCUGGGCACCGCCUCCAGUGCCGGGACGUUGCCUGUCACCUUCCGUUGCCUGGAGGAGAAUCUGGGGAUUGACAAGCGCGUGACCAGGUUCGUCCUCCCGGUCGGAGCCACCAUAAACAUGGACGGGACGGCCCUCUACGAAGCAGUAGCCGCCAUCUUCAUAGCCCAGAUGAACGGGGUGGUGCUGGAUGGAGGCCAGAUCGUGACCGUGAGCCUCACGGCCACCCUGGCGAGUGUCGGCGCAGCCAGCAUCCCCAGCGCUGGGCUGGUGACCAUGCUCCUCAUCCUGACUGCCGUGGGCCUGCCUACGGAGGACAUCAGCCUUCUAGUGGCGGUGGACUGGCUUCUCGACAGGAUGAGGACGUCAGUCAACGUGGUGGGCGACUCCUUCGGGGCCGGGAUCGUCUACCACCUCUCCAAGUCGGAGCUGGACUCCAUCGACUCUCAGCACCAAGCGUACGAAGACAUCGAGAUGACCAAGACGCAGUCCGUGCCCGACGAUGCCAAGAACCACAGGGAGGGCAGCCUGAGCCAGUGCGUCUACACCGCACACAAUGCCGUCGUGAGGGACGAGUGUAAGGUAAAUCUGGCAGCCAAUGGGAAGCCUGCUGACUGCAGUGAGGAGGAGCCUUGGAAACGUGAAAAAUAAGACGCUUCACAGCAAGUUCUGGAACAACCCCCUGCACACCCUACGGUAAAGAUGACAUAGACAAGCAUUCUUUUAAAAGGAAAACAGUGCCGCUUCUGUGCUCACUAGUAACCUGUCAGCUGAGCUUCCAGGCGCCACUGCGAGCCCAGCGGCCCGCAGCCUGCGUCCUGCCAUGUAACACUUAGUAACUGUCUGACAUUCUCCCGCGUGUCGGUGUUGAAUGGGCACUGCCAGAGGAACCCGUUCCACUCAAGAUCAGUCUCGCCAGCUUCCCUUUCCCACCGAGGUGCAGAAAUGCAGACGCCCCUUCCGGAGACACAGCUGAAGCCGUAGGGUACUCUCCAGGGAUGCUGGGUGUGGAGCAGCAUGCAGCGGGUCAUUCCUUAAUGUCCAUGUCUUGCCCGGUUGUGCACGAGGGACUCGGAGCAGCCUCGGGAACCGCCCCUGUAACCGUCCGGCAGAGCAGCCUGUGUUCACCGCGUACCCACGCCCACGUAGGGGACGCCACUGUCCUUCUCCGCGCUGUGGCCGCUUCAGGGAGCAGGUCGGCUGGCCCGGCGGAGGCCAGCUCUUAAUGGUGGCCUCCCUCCCCACCCUCCCCAGCCUCUGUGAGCCACAGACGAGACCACGGUGUGUCCACGACCCCUCCCAGCACAGUUGUGGACAAGGAAGCAUCGCUCGCAGGAUGCGUGUCCUGACACUCAGGGACCCCGUUCAUGCAGGCUCUCACCAGCUCACGUGCUCAGCUCCGGAGUGUCUGCCCGGUGAGAUCGGAGGCGAGGACCCUCGUGCCCCAUUGUCUACUACACCGUAAGAGCCUUCUUUGGGUCCAACCCAAUGAGAUGUUUUUAGUCCCCAGAUUAUGUGACCCCUUCUCACCCCCAGAAGUCCUGAUCAGCCACGCGUGUUGACCGUGCCUCUAAUCAAGAAGACAAGCAAAUGCCAGCACUUAUCUGCCAUGUAGAAAACGUUCUGUUAUAUCAAAGCACAAAAUCCAGCUACAGGACACAGCUGGGGACAGCCUGUCCCCCUCCCGGGCUCCUCCGCGGAACACAGUAAAGGCCGACUGUGAAACCCCAGGACAGUGACAUUGGCGAGACUGGGUCGUGCAGCCCUGGCCACCAGUGGGACAGGGACAGGCACGCGGCCUCAUGGCAAACUCAGCAAGCUGCACACCCAAAGGAUGCACAGGAAGGAUGGUGCGGGGCCCUCGGGGCGGCCAGCGGUCCUGGGGCUCCUUCGGCUGACUGUCGAAUGUCCCUGCUGUCACUGUUGGCUGCUGAGUGUGGGAUCGGCGGGGAUCUAGCGACUGGUCAUGGACACACCCCUGACUCAGGAGAACACAGGACCUGGGGCUGCAGUUGGGCCCGGCCCUGGGCUGUGAGAGAGGUGCCGACAGCCAUGGCAGUGGGGGAGUCCGGGUUCUCUGAGGAGGGGGUGUGUGUGGUUAUCACGUGCCCAUGGCUGUCACUCCUGUGACGUCUCCAGCAACCAGAUGCCUGAGAACCCACAGGAGACAUAGUCCUCACUGCCCCUGCCCCAAAACCCCAGUCACGGCUGGGCAGGUCACUGCUGAGCGCCCACUGCCCCUGCUCCUGAGCCCCGGUCACGGCUGGGCAGGUGUCUUGCCCUCCCUUUUCUCUAACGACAUAGUCGUCACUUUCCCGGGGCUCACAGUUGGCGGUAGUGAGACUCGCUCGCCUGUCACUGUGGAAGCAGCCCCUGCAGCGGCCUUGCGGGCCACAGACACAGUUCCUGGGGUUAGCUGCAGGGUGGCUCAGGCAGUCCUUGGAGCUUUGCAGGUGAGGAGAAGGGCCAGCUCCUGGGUCCUCCUUUGCCUGGGAGGCUGUGUGGCUCCCAUGUGCUUGGGCACGGUCUAGGUUGUCUCCUCGAGUCUCUGCCUAAGAGCUCCCUGGUGCGUCCCUUCAGCUCUUUCCUGGCUGUCCCGCUGGCCUGUGCAGGGGACAGAGGCACGUGCUCAGUGGACCCUGUGGGGCACCAGCGAGCCCAGAGGCUCCAUGCAUGGGCCACAGAGCACUCUUGGGGAAUGGCCUUUACCUGGGACUUCAGUACGUCAUAUUAAAGAUAAGUCAUUUCGAGUUCAGGACCAGCCUGGAAAUCAAGGCUGAUGCACGUCCCCAAGCCCCUGAGGGCUUCCUUCCCUAGGACUGCCGUAGACGGAGUGGGCUGCAGGGCAAUCUGAGGCCCUGCCCCUAGAGAGCCGUGCGCCUUCACAGCUAUGGCAGGCCCUCUGGUGCACCCCUGAGCUGCAUGCGCUUGCAAGAGGCCAGUCAGACCGGGCUCCUUCUCCUUUUGGGAACCGGGGCAUUUUAGAGAGUAGCACCGGGGCAUUCACCUCCUCCCUUGCUCCUGCCGCUGGGACAGCCAGGGAACAGCUGCACCCUCGGGUGCCGCUGCUGUGCCAUUCUCCAGCUGAACCGUCCACGCCUGGAGACAGGACGGUGGGUCCCCACUGCUGUUUACAGGCUCCAAGAGGGUGCCAAGGUCUCCGGCUAGAGAAGGGGACUGAGCAGGGCUGGGAGUCCAAGCUGCUGGGAAUGGCCGUGGCUUUUCCUGAGGAAACCCAGACUCCUGGCUGCCCUGCGGUCCCCUCUCUCCCCUUACUGCCGCCCAGGACAGCCCUGGUGGCGACCCACACGGCGUAGGCAGGGUGGGGAGGGCAUGGGGGGCCCCGGCAGUGUCUGACCCAGCUCAGCGGAGCGGAUGCAGGCGCGGACAUGGUGGUGGGAGCGGUGAGGUUUGGUGGAGGACGCCCUGACUGCGACCCUGCCGUCUGUAGCUGUGUGACCUGCCCGAGCCGCUCCCCGUGCAGCCCUCGUUUUCUCCCACAGGAAGGACGAAGGUCGGAUAAGUGGUUGGCCUCCCGUCCAGACGUCGAGUCUGUGUUAAGAUCUUUGCAGGCUUCUUAGAAGACUUUCUCCUAGAAAAUGUGACCGUCGGCACGUUAAGCCUGGGGCCCACAGAGCACACAGUCAGCUUGGAGAUGGCCCCCCUUCCGUGUGAGCGCUGCUGUUCCAUCCGUCACAGCGAGGGGAGGCGAGGCGGCCGUGCUCACGGUCUGCGGCUGCAUUGUACCAACGCCCUGCUUCCUCGGGUGUGCUGUCGGGGAGGCGGUGGCUGCUCGGGGAUGGCUCGGUGUCCCGGGACCCCGCUGAGCCCUGGCCUCAGUCCUGCUGUGGCCCAGCUCUCCUAGUACCCCACACAUGGCUUCCCCUGACAGUCCUAGCUGCCGGGCCAGCACGGGACUGAGGAGCCUUUGGCAGACUCUGCCAGACAGACAGACUGGACCCUGACAGAAGGUAGUGCAAGACUUUGGCAGUCGUGGCCGCAGUCGGAGCCCCGCCCUUCCGUGGCUCCAGCACAGCCAGGCACACCCAUUCCCAGUGAAGCCAGGCCUCUAGAGAGCCACACGAGGAUGGCCGGUGGGGUUCAUUUCCAGACUCCUACUGUGGGCACCGCAUUGCCGGUGGAGCGUGGGCCUCCCAGUCCCUCUCCAGUGCUGCGGAGCCUCGGGGACCGCUGCGCCCAUCUCUGCUCUUGGUCCUGAGUUUUGCCCGACUCUCGAGCAGGGCCGCGGCUGUGGUGUGAGCGCUGCCAUGGGCAGGGCAGUCUCCGGCUCUUCCACCUGGCAGAGGCAGGCCGGGAAGGCUAUUCGUGUUCCUGUUAGUGCAGAAGACCUGAGGCAAGUGAGGCAGGGCAGCCUGAUUUCUCAGUGGACCCACGGACCUGCAGGAAUGUGGACGGUGCCAAACCCUGUUCCUGAUUCAGUGAUACCCUGGGUACUCACGUGUCAGACCCUCCCUGAGCCGGCUGUGCUUCACCUAGACAUUUAGAAUAUCAGCCCUUGCCACCUCCCUGGUCACACAGGGCCCUGUAGUGCUGCAAAUAACACACACUAAUGGCACACGUCAGCGCUGGGCCUGGAGAGGUCCAGGUGGGCAGCGACAGUGCCAGGUCGUCUGGGAUCCCUUCCGUCUCGGGUGAGCAUGGACCCUGACCAUGGGCGUCGUCCCCCUGGGGUGGGUGGCCAGGCAGAGCCGUGCUCCUCUGGGGCUCCGUUUCCCAUGCAGCCCUCUAAGCUAGCCUGGAGAGGGCCCGUGGCCUUUGGUGGGGAGCACACACAUGCACACAAACACACACACACAGAAACAUGCACACAUGUGCGUACACAUACAAAAGAAACACACAAACAUAAACACACAUGCACACACGUGUGUGCAGCAACCGUGCACAUACAUGUGCACACCUACGCACACAAGCACGUGCACACUCAUGCAUGCAGACAUGUGGAUAC